AUGUCAUCAACAACUUCACAAAAAAUGUCAUUUGCUCAAACUUAUAUAUUAGCAUCAAAAGUAAGAACAAAAUUAACAAAAGAAGCAUCAUCACCAAAAUCUCAAUUAAGAAAUUUAGUUGUUCAAGCUAAUAUGUUAGAUAAUUUAAUGGAUUAUAUAAGUGAAGAAACUGAAAAAAGAAAUAGUCACAACCACCAAAAUCAAAAGCAAAAACAAAUAAAAUUUAAUGUACCUUUAAAACCAAGAAGAAAUUCAUCAAAUUUAUCAAAUUCUUCUUUAAACAAUACUUCAAUUACAGAAUAUGAAAUAGAUUCAGAUUCAGAUUCAGAUUCUGACUAUUCAGAUUCUGAAGAUUCAGAAGAAGAUGAUGAUGAAAACGAUAUGGAUUUAAAAUUUAAUGAUGAAAUUAAUGAAAUUCAUUUAAAUGAUGCUAUAUUUGAUAAUAAUACCACCAACAACCAAAGAAAUCAAAGUUUUAUAAAUUUACCACAUGUUACAACUGAAGAAGUUAUAAAUUCAGAUUCAGAUGAAGAAUCCGAUGAAGAAGAACAACAAAUUAAAUCAAAUUCUUCUUCAGUAUAUUCAUCAUCAGAUUCAUCAGUAGAUUCAAUAAAUGAUGAAUCUGAAAAUUCAUCAGAUUCAGAUUCAGAUUCAGAUGAUUAUUAUAUAUAUUCAGAUUCAGAGGAAAUUGAAGAAGAUUCUGCAAAAGUUAUACCAAGAUCAAUGAAUUUAAAACCAAUAUAUAAACAAUUACCAUCAUUAAAUUUAUCAUCAAUAGAAGAAGAAAAUGAAGAAGAAGUUGUUGCAAAUGAUGAACAAGAUGAAGAUUUAACAGAUAUAGAAAUUUCAGAAAAUGAAGAAGAAGAAGAUGAUGAAAUAAAAACAAUAAUAUCAUCAAAUACUUCCUCAAACACUUCCUCACGAAAUCAACAUCAACAAGAAGAUAAUUUUGAAUUUGAAAUGCCAGAAUUAUCAAAAACAAAUUCAAUAAGUGAUGAUGAUGAAAAUGAUUAUUUAAAUUUAGAAUUUUUUAAUAAUAAUCAUUUAAUAAUGCCAUUAAAUUCAAAUUAUAAUCAAAUUAAUCAAUCAAAAAAUCAUAACCAACAACUACAUCAACAACAUAAUGAGAAUACAAAUAAAUUUAAUCAACCUACUUUAAGUUUAUUUAAACAUGAAAAUUUAACAUUAGAUCAAUUAAUCUAA